CCGGAUCCGCUGUGGGAGGUUUCCAGAAUUUGCGACAACUUUUGGUGAAUUUGCUCCGGGAUUCAAAGCUGCAACCAUGGGGAUCCUGGAGAAAAUCUCGGAGAUCGAGAAAGAAAUCGCACGGACCCAGAAAAACAAAGCCACUGAGUAUCAUUUGGGCUUGUUAAAAGCCAAACUUGCUAAGUACAGAGCACACUUGUUGGAACCCCCAAAAUCUGCUGGAUCCAAAGGUGAAGGCUUUGAUGUGAUGAAAUCAGGAGAUGCCAGGGUAGCAUUGAUUGGAUUCCCUUCUGUGGGUAAGUCAACGUUUUUGAGUUUGAUGACUUCCACUGCAAGUGAAGCAGCUUCGUAUGAAUUUACAACCCUUACCUGCAUUCCAGGUGUCAUAGAGCAUAAAGGUGCUAACAUUCAGCUUUUGGAUCUGCCUGGUAUCAUUGAAGGAGCAGCACAAGGAAAAGGUCGUGGUCGCCAGGUGAUUGCAGUUGCUAGGACAGCAGAUGUUGUAAUAAUGAUGCUGGACGCAACGAAGGGUGAUAUCCAAAGGAAUUUACUGGUAAAAGAGCUGGAGUCUGUUGGAAUCCGAUUAAACAAACCUAAACCCAAUAUUUAUUUCAAGCCCAAGAAAGCUGGUGGGAUCUCUUUCAACUCAACAGUUACAUUGACUCAAUGUUCUGAAAAGUUAGUACAGCUCAUCUUGCAUGAAUACAAAAUUUUCAAUGCAGAGGUUCUUUUCAGGGAAGAUGCAAGUCCAGAUGAAUUUAUAGAUGUAAUCGUUGGAAACCGUGUUCACAUGCCAUGUCUUUAUGUAUAUAAUAAAAUUGAUCAGAUCUCCAUGGAAGAGGUAGACCGUUUGGCCAGACAACCACACAGCGUUGUCAUUAGCUGUGAGAUGAAGCUCAAUUUAGAUUAUCUGCUUGACAUGCUUUGGGACUACCUUGCAUUAAUCUGCAUCUACACAAAGAGGAGAGGAGAACGACCAGAUUUUUCAGGUGCUAUUAUUAUGAGAAGAUCAGCUUCAGUUGAACAUGUGUGCCAUCGAAUUCACAGAACCUUAGCAAGCCAGUUCAAGUAUGCUCUCGUCUGGGGUACAAGUACAAAGUACAGCCCUCAAAGAGUGGGACUGAAUCACAUAAUGGAGCACGAGGAUGUCAUUCAAAUCGUCAAGAAAUAAAUAUUGACCAGCAUUUCCCAAGUAACUGCAGUGUUAUCAUCUGCCCUCCCCUUUCUUGGAACAGCAGGCAGUGUGAAAGUGGACUGUUCUGAAAUUGUGAUGAAAGAAGUUAUUGUAUAGAGAUGGCUUGCUGUGGCAGCCCUUUAAUUACAAAUUUACCAUUAUUCUGGUACUUUACAGUAUGCUGAAUGUUAAAAUGGGAGCAUAUAGCCUAUUAUGAAGGCCAUUGAUUGUACCUUGUAGCUCCUGCUUAAACAGUUACACAUCUUAAUUUGCAGUACAUUUUGGUAUCAAGAUGAUUUCCUACUUCAAAGAAUUCUAGUACAGGCAUUCCUUUGUUUGCUUAUUGAGUAAACAUUCUUUACUAAUUCUCGGUACAUCAUUUUGGUUCCUCAUAGAACUCCAAAGACGCUGAACUUACAGUGAUUCUGAAUAAUAUAUAUCCGAAUUGAGAUGAAAUCUCAAUGAAGUGGCAAAGACAGAUUGAAUGCUUUAAUCAGUAAAUAUUAAAAGUUGUAGGGUCAAGCCUAUAUGAUGCUAGUACCAAUACAUCAAAAAGAGCAUUUGUUCAGUGGGCCCACUUUGGUGUGCUCUCUAGCCUUGCAGUAGUUCCUUUAAAAAAUACUUUUAAAAUUUCUCCAUGAUAUUUUCAGACCAUACCUAGAUGAAUCAUCCGUUUUUCAUCUGUGAGUAUAGUAGGAUAACAAACCUGAAGAAUUUCAUUGUAUCUAAAUUUAUCUUUGCACAGAAUGCCGGAACUUUAAAGCAGAUUUAGAGCAUAGCAGUCCCUUACUUUUUAGAUUUGAGCCAAGUUACGCUAACAAGCUUUUUGGGGAAAGAGUUUGUUCCCCAAGAGGUAAACCAUGGUUUGACCCUCAUUGAUAGAGUUUAUUUGAAAGUUCGUGAACCUUCAAUUUUGGAUAUACAAAAUUUGGGGUUAUUAAUUAAUUUUUGAUUUAAUCAAAAUUUUGUAUUUAAUAAGAAUGAUGUUUGUUUCUGUGGCACUUUUCCACAUUAUUCUGAGAAUGUUGUGAUUUGGUAGAUGUGGUGCGACCUGGAGUUAUUUGGGUGCAUAUUUGUAGUGCAUUGAUUUGCUGACAUCUAAUGGUGUACAGUUCAUGAUUUCCAUGUCUACAAUGGAUGUUACUAGUGACUGUUGAACUGAAGACAGGAUCUGCAGCAAACAGGCAAUGAAAAACCAAGAAAAUGGCAUUUUUGAGAUUGGAUCUUCUGCCUGAUUGCUGUUCAUUUGGUGGCUGAACAUCAGUUCACAAUUGCUGUAAGCCUGACUUCUAGUAAAAAGAAAUAAGUAGAGAGCAGUGCUGAAAGAUUGUGUGUGUGUCUCUCUCAAUGUGGCCUUACCUGUUAUAUGACAUCAAUAUAAACAGCCAGGAACUCAGACAGUGUAUGUGGUUGUUGUGUUCUGAACCAAAAGGUGGGAUUUGGCAUUGAAAAUUAGAGUGUAGCAAUAAAUUCAGGAAGAAAAGUUACUGAUUUGCAAGAAGAAAACUAUAGAUGCUGAAAAUCUGCAGUAAAAUUAGAAAAUAUAGGGAAUAUAUUGGUGCAGUGGUCAAUGUGCAUGUGUUGGGUCAAAGUGUCUUUUUUGUGAUCAAAGACGGAUAUGUUCAGCGUGUCAGGAAGUACCUGUGUAGAAAGAAACAGAAUUAAAGAUCCAGGUCAGUGAUACAGAAAGGUCAUUAACUGGAAACAUUAACCUUUUUUUUCUCUUUCAAAGGAUGCUCCCUGAGUAUUUCUAGUAUUUUCAGUUCUUAUUUAGACACAGUUGUAGGACUGUAUGAUCAAAUAGUUAAUCUUUUUUAAUUCUCAAGUAAUACUGAUUCUUUGUUUAACAACAGAUAAGUUCUCUAGUUUUUUUAAAUAGUUCCAGAGGAUCUUUUGUGAUCACCUUAAAGAGCAAACAAGACUGGUGUCAUCUCUCAAAUAAAAGGCUUCCAGCAGUAGAAUAAAUCCUCAGUACCAUGUGUCAGCCUAGCUCAGCUGCUCAAGAUUUUCAGUAGCCCUUGGACUACUCCCUUCUAAUUAGGAAUAUGUUUUCUGAGCCAAAGUUGAUAUCCAGUACUUGGUGAAGUUUCAAUUCUGUUUGAUAGUCAACAUUGAAAAUCACUAAGCAGAUGAAUAAUUUAGAAUUAAUAAGUUUAUUUGAAAUUAUUUUGCCAUAUUACUAAUUGUUGAAUAUUCUGCAGAAAAUUUUUGGAUUUGGAAUUAGUCAAAGUUGUUAAGUAAUUCAUACGCCAUGUGUAUCCUGGCCACUGCUCUGAUGACUUCAAAGAAGUUCAACACUAUGUUUAUUUAAUGUUUUAUUGACAAUUGACUACUUCAUAGGUCAACAUAUUUUGCAAUACACUACAGGUGUAUUAGAUAACAUGAUGCAUAAUGGGAAAUGUAGAGUAACAUAUGGAUUUGCAAUGGCUGUUCUUGAGGUUACAGUUAAUAGUUUUUGUUCAUGAUUCUUAUUGAUCAUCGUCAUGUUCAUUUAAUAAGUCUUAUAUUAACUGUUAGUGACAGCAGCUGCAUAGUAAUGAGGAAAUAUGUGCAGUUUUCCUGAGAGCAUGCCAUUUCUUUUAAUACAGCCUUUUUUCAAAAUCUCAGAAUAUUUCUAGCAGGGAAAGAGCCCAUUCUGCCUGUUGGGGUUGCACCAGCUCUAUGUAAGAUCCUAUCAGCCAUCCCACAUCCACACUUGCUUCCAUAACUCUCAGAAUUCUUUCCUUUCAGAUACUUAUCCAGUUUUUAUUUUCAAUGCUGCAAUUCAAUCUGUCUGCACUACUACCCCAAGGAAUAAAUGAAUUUCUUUAUUUCACUUUGGUUCUAUUGUUAAGUCACCUUUAUUUGACGUCCACUCA